AUGGAGUCAAGGUUUAAAAAUACCCAAGCUGAUAUCAAGGCUAUAAAGGCCCACAUACUGAACACCACUGACACUGCUCCUCCCACUAUUAUUUUUGUGGAUAAUCCACCACCAGAUAAUGCCAAAAAGGGGGAGAAAUUGAAGCAGAUGAAAAAGAGGGGAUAUGAAGAUGGUCUGUAUAUUGAACCACAAAAAGAUAGCAUGACUAAAGACAUUCCCUUGCCAGAUGGAACCAAGAAGAUUGAUGUAACCACAAAUACACUUGCUGAAGCAAAAGCAAGUGUAAAAAGGGAUAGAGAGGCUAAGGAUAAAUCCAGGUGGGAAAAGGAGAAAAGAGCUUUUAUGGAACUGAAUGAGCAAGGUAUUUCUGAGCCAAAGGAUCACAAAAAUCCUGAGCCAAAAAGAAAGAAUCCCACUAGAAAAGUGAGGGAACCCAAACACACACCAUCCAGACCCACAAAGCAAACUCCUAAACCUACCAAAAACCUCACACAUCAAUCUUCCACCCAAACAACUAUUGUAACACCUGCUAUAUCAACAACUGUUGGUAAUUCAGUGGUUUCAGCAGUUCUUAAACCGAAAACCACCACAGCAACUGCUCCCACUUCAACCACUGCCCCACCAAAUAUUCCAUCACCACCAAAACUACCAUCACCACCAAAAAAAUUUCUCACCAACAUCACCUCCUACCAAAAAGCAAAAGACAGCUGA